UAAUGUAUUUAAACCAUCUUAACUACUUUAAAAAGGAAAUUUUCAAGAACAAGUUGUAAAAUUAAAAAUUAAAAUUAUCAAAUAAUGACACACGAUCCCCCAUGGGAUACUAUUGGAUUAUUGAUAUAAUGAAUUUAUGUGUGUUAUACACAUAUCUAAUAUUAUUCGUAAUAAUUGGAUAUAUACAUUCUGCUGAUAAAUAUCCUUAUCAGGCAAGUGGAAAUGAUGGAAAUGAUGGAAAUGGUGAAAGUGAUGGUGAUGAAGAAGAAAACUUUGAUGUAAUAGUAAGAGGAAUCGAAAAUAUACUUGAAGAACAAGAUAAUUAUGAUAACAUAGAAACUAAUAUAGAAUCAAUACUUGAAGAUGAUGGUCUACAAUCGGAAUCACAACCCAUACCAAUACAUCCGCAACCAAUAUUACAACCUCAAACUUUAACGCAGCCUGUUAACUAUUAUGGGCCUCCUCCUCAACCUCAACCCAUAAUACAGCCUCAACCUCUACCGAUACAUCCUCAACCUCUACCGAUACACCCGAUACAUUUGACACAACCUGUAGUACAACAAAUAGGGCAAUAUCCUCAUUAUUACCCAAUUCAACAAUCAAUACCUCGACCUAUAGUUCCUCCAUAUCAUCCGUAUGGACCACCUCAGAGUGUGCCGAUACCCGUUGGACAAAUUCGUUUACCAGUUCCUACAAUUCAACAUCCACCAAGUAUAUUAUUACCUAUUUUACCAAGAAUUGCCACUAGCCCUGGAUUUAGACCAAUGGGGUUAGGUCAAUUACAGCCUAAUGUAAUUCAUCCUGGACCAUUAACGCAAUUUCCAACUCCACACGGAUUGCAGCCGGGUGCUUUUAUUCAACCAGUUGGACCAGUUGUUCCACAAGUAGAAGAUCAACAGACAGUACAACAAACUAUCGAAUCAGUCCAACCCGAUCAAAGUGAUCAACCAAGUCAUGAUUCAAUUGGACAUGUUGCAGAAGGUGGCUUGGACAAAGAUAAAGAAUGUAAAGAAAUAAAAUUAAUGAAAAUGGAUCCUAAAGGAAAUUUGGUUACGAUUGAAUAUCCAGAAUAUAGAAUUUUAUGGAAAGAUGAAAAUACAACAAAAAUGACAGUAAAUUGUUUUCUCGAGGAAAUACAUUGUGAUGAUAAGUGUAUUUGGAAACAUAAGGAAGGAAAACCUCGUCCUAAAAAAAUAACACAUAACAUUAAAGAUAACACUAUUACUAUUAUUUGUAGAGGUGUAUGUAUUCUAGUUAAAAAUGUUAGUGGUACGUGGGAAGAGAUUGAAAGAAGACUCCCAAAAAAAAUUACAUUUUAUACAACAGAUGAACAAGGGAACCUUGAUAAACUACCAGAAUACUAUCAUAAAGUUGAUGUAUCUUCAUCGGGAUCUAUUAAGUAUAUUCUUGGUCCAUCUUCAAGAUGUUCUAGAAUUGAUUGGGAAGAUAAAAAAUUAUGGGAAAGAGCUGAUGAUGAAACGUAUCCUCAAGUCGUAUGUUUUGAUCUAAGCAUGAAUCUUAUUAUUUACUUUGAUACUUUUGUUCGAGUUUAUGGAAAUAAAAGGGGUAGGUACAGACAAAUAUUUACUAAAAAAAAUGUAAGAGGGUUCGAAGAUUAAAAUUAAUAAAAUUUGGUUUUAAUUAUAAUUAAUAUAAUUUUAUCAUACACGUGUCU